ACAUGGUCCACAGUAGUGUGCUUAGUUUACUGGUGAUUCUUUUUAAGUUCAUUUGAGUUGAAGUGAGUUAGCCAAUACGUAAUAAAGGUUUGCAGUGCUUGAAUUUAGAAUGCUAUCAGCUGCCCAGAUAAACUCAGAUAAGUCACAGCAGAGAAUUUGGCUUCUGCACAAAGUAAAAUAUUUUUAAUGAAGAUACAUUGACUGAAACCAUGCUGGUAGGACAUGAUACUAUUUUCUUAAUGUUUUAUUGAUCGAACUGUGUAUUGACACUGCUAUUUUUGUUGAGAAAUACUAGGUGGAGUGUUACUGUUUGUUCAAAAAUUUGGCACAAAAAAAUAGAAACUUCUUCCAGAGCUCUGCUUAGGUCUUACAGACCUUGUAGAUGGGAGGUGGCUGAAAUGUUGAUUUAAGUGUCUUUUGUAGUUGCUAGUUAAUUAUUUUCUUAUUUCAAAUGAUCUCUAAUAGUGAAAAAGAUAAUCCUUCAGCUUUCAAAAGUAUUGGAAAUCUGAAUAUACAUCUGUGAACAGAGGUCCAGGGCAGAUACCCAAGCAGUUGCUGCUCCUUUGCUAGAGGAAAGCAGUAACUGCAUGGCUGUGGGAUUUUUGUGGGGCUGUAAAGACUUCUGAGAUGUCAUCUUCUUUGGAAGGGAGUAACAACAGCAUUUUUUCUUGCUGUCUGUUUUUAAUUAAAUGUUUGAUGGUAGAUCCUCAUUUCUGUAGGUAGGCCACAUAUUCCCCUCCUAAUGGUUACCUGAGUUACAGCACCACCAAUAUCUUUAAUAAGCUGGAUAAUGUCCCAGGUAGUCAGUCACUUGGAUGUGCUUGGCAGAGAUGUUGCAGUGGCCUGGCAGAGAUGUUGCAGUUUGAGCUUCCACAUCUGAGAGAAGAUCCCACGUGCCUCUCUUUGGCAGAAAUAGCUGGGCAGGUCUGGUAGUCACAGGUACUGGGCUUGGCAAUCAGUGUCUUGUUCUGUGCCAAUCCUGCACACUUGGGGAGGACCCUCAGCUGUCCCAUCACUUCUUUGGAAAUGCUUAUUUGCUAUCUGAGAAGUAUUCUGUUGCAGACUGAUGUGCCAGAGACUUUGCUCCUUCAACUUGUUCUUCCCAAGAAUAUAUCUGUUACUGAAUGCUCCAGGGAGUACUUACUCCUAAGUAUAGGAGUAAGUUCCCAAAUGGAGCAGUUGCCCAUGUGUUGCCAAGUGCAGGAUUUCAGCACACUGCCUCCUCUUGGUUUGGCCAAGUAAUGUUGCACUGUACUCUACUUGCUGCCAGUUACGUGGCUGGAAAAGAGGAAGACUUUGGGCAGACUAGUGACCAAACACUGGUGACUGAGCUGUGCUUUAGCUGGUCCUGGAAUAAGAGAGGUGAUGACAUGUGGUAGAUCAUUUCAGCACCUGCCAGAAACAAUAAGCUAUUCUGUUUCUGUUAUAGAAAGUGAGAAAAGACUUUACCAGAGAUAAAGUGCACACUCUGUUUGCAGCUUAACUCACUGUGAAGCUCAACAGAAGGCCCAGAGAAAUCUGACUGCCUGGGGCAGACAGAAGUAGAGCUUCUUACCUUACUGCAGCAGAGCAGCUCUAAUUUCUCCAGGUUGAGUUUGAUUUCAGAGCAACCCACAUAACUGGAAAAUACCAUUCUUUCCUGUUUUGAGAGCCGCCUUCCUCAUCCUUAUCAGCUGGUAGUUGAAAACCACUAUAAAGAAUUCAUUGUCAGGGACAUUCCGUGCUUUCCCACUCAGACUGUUAGUCAUCAUCACCUUGGGUCCAGCCUCAACUCUUAACUCCAUCAGCUUUGCAGAUUCUUUCAAAUAUAUUAAGAGUUGGCAUUUGUCUCCCCUGUAUCACUUGGAGCUCUGCUGCAGCAGGUUGAAAAUAAAAGGAAAAUACUUCUAAAAACUAAAUGUUAAACUGCAGAACUUAAUACCACUGGAAUUUUAGGAGGUCCAAAGUAUAAAUUGGUUCAAAGUGGGAUUAGGAAGAUUCACAGAGGAUUUGCCUGGUACAAACCCUUAACAGGGACACUGGCAGUGCAGUUCAAGCCAAGUGGUUUUUUAGCAGCUGAGCCCUUGAUUGGAGGAUGUGCUGAAGAGGAACAUCCUGUUAGUUGUAUUUCUUAUACACUCUCCCCAGGUAUUCAUUCUUGGUGUGAAUAGGAGCAGGAUAUUCGAAUACAUGGUCUUUUCAUUGGACUGACUGCAGCAGUCCUUAGCUUUGCACAUCUUAAGAAGAAGUUUUGUUUCCUUUUCCAGAACGUGUGAUCUGUUCUUCUGGGAGGAUUCAGACAGAGCUGAUGAGAGGGGACAGGACCUCGAGCACAGGGGGCUGUGCUUCCAAACAGAGUGUGCGAUUGCCAUCUUCUAAAUGGAUUCCAGUGAAUUUUCAGGAUCUUUGGACCCCCUGUCCUUGCCUGAUAAACCGCUCAUUGGUGAUCUCCCUGCUGAUACGGAGUUUGGUGAAGAUCUGCUGGGCUCCCAAACAGCUUCUACCCAGGAAGUUUCAGUUCUUCAGCCCCCUGGCUGGGAUCAAUCCAAGCAGAUGACUGGAGAUGAGGACUUGGACCUUGUAGUGAAAGCAGACAGCGUGUCUGAACUAAAUAAAUCAAAUGACUGUGUUCUAGAUAAACCUGGUGUCUUAGAUGAUUUGGGUAAAACUUCUGACUUGGUGGAACUGGAUAAACCAGAGGGUCUGGAUGGGCUGUGUAAGGCACAACCUUCCCAGGAUGUGGAGGGUGGACCAGCAGACUCCUCUGCCCUGUCUAGAGAAGCUGUUGGUCCAGAAACAGGGAAAGAAGGAGAGGAUGCACCAAAAAAUCGUUCUGGGGAUGUAAAGGAAGAUUCUCCUGCUGCUACUCCUGCACUGUCUGAUGACAAUCCCCCUGAAUCACCCCAACAGCCUGUCCCUGACUCCAGGGACCUCAGCAGUGCUCCAGCCACAGAAGAAACCACAGCACAGUCCUCAAGCCCUACAGUGCCCCCACCCCAACUCAGUCUUAAACAAACAAAGAAGAUGAAGUUGAAGGCACCAAGGAAAAGCUCACCUGCGCAGAGGGAAGGGCUGACAGGGGAGGCAGAGGUGCAACUGAGCUCAGACAACAGAACUUCAACUUUGCCCGCUGAGCCUGUGGAGAAAAGCCGGGCAGAGGAAGGGGAUGAUAAUGGGAAGAACUCACUGAGAGAAAACACUGUACUCAAAGCACAGGAAGCCUUACCAUCAACAGGAGAAAGCCUAUCUGGGAAGGGAAGCGAGCUGCCAGCUGAGAAGGAGCAGAAAAGAAGUGAACGACCCAGAAGAUCAGAAACUGCCAGGCCUGAAACUGUGAACUCCUCUGAGAGCAUUCCAGUCUCUGACGAAGACUCUGAUGCGAUGGUGGAUGAUCCCAACGACGAGGAUUUCGUUCCUUUCCGUACGCGGCGCUCCACUCGGAUGUCGCUGCGCGCGCAGAUGGCCCAGCGAGCCGCCCGCUCCACCUUCACCAAGAUGAUGUGUGCCAACUGCCGCACCCCUCUGCAGAAGGGCCAGACUGCCUACCAGCGGAAAGGGCUUCCUCAGCUCUUCUGCUCCAGCUCCUGCCUCACCACCUUCUCAAAAAAACCACCUGGCAAGAAGAUAUGCACCUUCUGCAAAAAGGAGAUCUGGAACACCAAGGACUCUGUGGUUGCCCAGAUUGGUUCAGGUGGCUCUUUCCAUGAGUUCUGCACCUCUGUCUGCCUUUCCCUCUACGAGGCCCAGCAGCACAGACCAGCACCUCAGUCUGCAGAUGCCUCGGACACCAGCCGCUGUAGUGUUUGCCACAAACCUGGCGAGAUCCAGCAUGAGGUCAGCAAUGGGAAUGUGGUUCACCGUAUCUGCAGUGACGCCUGCUUCACCAAGUUCCGAGCCACCAAGGGACUGAAAACGAACUGCUGUGACAACUGUGGACUUUAUAUCUACAACAAGGGCUUACCCCUGGAGUACCUCUUCCAUGAAGGCCAGCAAAAACGCUUUUGCAACUCUGCAUGUCUCAACAGUUACAAGAAGAAGAACACUCGAGUCUACCCCUGCAUGUGGUGCAAGACACUGUGCAAGAACUUUGAUAUGCUGCCCAAUGUGGAUCGCAGUGGCAAGAUGGGCCUGUUCUGCUCCAUUUGCUGCACUACCUCCCACAAAGUGAAGCAGUCAGGCUUAGUUGGUCCCCCUAGACCCUGCAGCUUCUGCAGAAAGAGUUUAUCUGAACCCUGCUAUUACAACAAGACAGACCGGGUUGUGUACCAGUUCUGCAGCCCCAGCUGCUGGACCAAAUUCCAGCGCACCAGCCCGGAAGGGGGAAUCCACCUCAACUGCCAUUACUGUCACAAUCUGUUCAGUGGGAAGCCGGAGAUCCUGGAUUGGCAGGACAAGGUGUAUCAGUUCUGCUGCAAGGACUGCUGUGAGGACUUCAAGCGGCUGCGUGGGGUGGUGUCUCAGUGUGAACACUGCAAGCAGGAGAAGCUGCUGCAUGAGAAGAUCCGUUUCUCUGGAGUGGAGAAGAACUUCUGCAGCGAAGGUCAGACUUCAGAGUCAAAACCAGCUGUCCCUUCCCCACAGAAGGCAGAAACUAACAUGCUGUCAGCAAAGGCUUCCUCAGCCCACACAUCUCCAGCUGUGCCGCCUCCCGCCCCACCUCUGGUUCCAGCCACACCUCGGAAAAACAAAGCUGCCAUGUGUAAACCACUGAUGCAGAACCGGGGUGUCUCCUGCAAGUUUGAAAUGAAGUCCAAAGGAUGUCAGACAGAGGCUGACUGGAAGCCCCAGCUGGUUGUGUUGCCAAUCCCCGUCCCGAUCUUCGUGCCUGUGCCUAUGCAUAUGUACUGCCAGAAAGUACCUGUGCCUUUCUCCAUGCCUGUCCCGGUGCCUGUGCCAAUGUUCCUGCCCACCACACUGGAGAGCACAGAGAAGAUUGUGGAGACCAUUGAGGAACUGAAGGUGAAGAUCCCCUCCAAUCCCCUAGAGGCUGACAUCCUGGCCAUGGCUGAGAUGAUUGCAGAGGCUGAGGAACUGGACAAAGCCUCCUCAGACCUGUGUGACCUGGUGAGUAAUCAGAGUGCAGAGGGUCUCCUGGAGGACUGUGAUCUGUUUGGACCAGCACGGGAUGAUGUGUUGGCUAUGGCUGUCAAGAUGGCAAAUGUCCUCGAUGAACCUGGGCAGGACCUGGAGGCUGACUUCCCUAAGAACCCUCUAGACAUCAACCCCAGUGUGGAUUUCCUCUUUGACUGUGGGCUGGUGGGACCAGAUGAUGUGUCCACAGAGCAAGAUCUGCCUCGAGCUGUCCGGAAGGGGCAGAAGCGCCUGGUGCUCUCUGAAAGCUGUUCCCGGGACUCGAUGAGCAGCCAGCCCAGCUGUACAGUGCUCAACUACUCAUAUGGUGUGAAUGCCUGGAAGUCCUGGGUACAAGCCAAGUAUGCAGGGGGAGAAACCAGCAAGGGAGAGGAGCUACGCUUUGGCCCCAAGCCCAUGAGGAUCAAGGAAGACAUCUUAGCCUGCUCAGCAGCUGAGCUCAACUAUGGCCUGGCCCAGUUUGUCAAGGAGAUAACCCGGCCCAAUGGGGAGCGCUAUGAACCAGACAGCAUCUAUUACCUCUGCCUUGGCAUCCAGCAGUACCUGCUCGAGAACAAUCGUAUGGUGAAUAUAUUUACAGACCUUUACUACCUGACCUUCGUGCAGGAGCUGAACAAGUCCCUGAGUGGCUGGCAACCCACAAUCUUACCAAAUAACACAGUUUUCUCCCGUGUUGAGGAGGAACAUCUCUGGGAGUGCAAACAGCUAGGUGUUUACUCACCCUUUGUGCUUCUCAACACCCUCAUGUUCUUCAACACUAAGUUCUUCGGGCUGCAGACAGCGGAGGAGCACAUGCAGCUCUCCUUCACCAACGUGGUGCGCCAGUCCCGCAAGUGCACCACGGCCCGUGGCAUGACAAAGGUGGUGAGCAUCCGCUACUACGCUCCUGCCAAGCAGAAGAAAAGCCGAGAUAAUGGCUCUGGAAAACGGAAGCGUGAGGAAGAGGUACCGAUGCUGGAGCAGCGGGAGAACAGGAUGAAUCCCCUCCGAUGCCCAGUCAAGUUUUAUGAGUUUUAUCUCUCCAAAUGCCCUGAGAGCCUGCGGAACCGCAGCGAUGUGUUCUACCUGCAGCCCGAGCGGUCGUGCAUAGCCGAGUCUCCACUCUGGUACUCGGUGAUCCCCAUGGACCGGAGCAUGCUGGAGAGCAUGCUGAACCGCAUCCUAGCUGUCAGGGAGAUCUAUGAGGAGCACAGUCGGCUCAGCAGCCUGGAGGAUGACAUGGACUAAGGGCCUGGUGCUGCUGGACUGGCUGCAUUCCAGCCCUGGACACCUCAUCUUGCUGCUUCCCAUUGCAGGGCAGGGGCCAUGCAGCAUAAGAAGGGAUGGUGCUGCAGCAGUGCUGUCCCUGCAUCAUUACCAGACUUGGACCUCCCAUCCUGCUCGUCACAGGCAUCCCCUACAUAAGUGGCCCCUGCAUUCAACUCUGUCUCCGGUUUUGGCUGCUGGGUGAGCCAUCUUCCCCAGGGCCCGUUCCCAUGGCACAGGAGUGGCAGAGUCCCUGGGGCAGCUCCCCUGUCCCUCCCCU